CCUUGUGCUGCUCCUCCUGUCUCUCCUCCUCCUCCUUCUCCUCCUGUCUCUCCUCCUCCUCCUGCUGCUCCUCCUGUCUCUCCUCCUGUCUCUCCUCCUCCUCCUCCUGUUGCGCCUCCUGUCUCUCCUCCUCCUCCUCCCCCUGUCUCUCCUCCUCCUCCUCCUGCUGCUCCUCUUGCUGCUCCUCCUGUCUCUCCUGUCUCUCCUCCUCCUCCUCCUGUCUCUCCUCCUCCUCCUUCUGCUGCUCCUCCUGUCUCUCCUCCUCCUCCUGCUGCUGCUCCUCCUGUCUCUCCUCCUCCUCCUGUCUCUCCUCCUCCUCCUGCUGCUCCUCCUGCUGCUCCUCCUGUCUCUCCUCCUGCUCCUCCUCCUCCUCCUCCUGUCUCUCCUCCUGUCUCUCCUCCUCCUCCUGCUGUCUCUCCUCCUCCUCCUGCUCCUGCUCCUCCUGUCUCUCCUCCUCCUCCUGCUGCUCCUCCUGUCUCUCCUCCUGCUCCUCCUCCUCCUGUCUCUCCUCCUCCUCCUGCUGCUCCUCCUGUCUCUCCUCCUGUCUCUCCUCCUCCUCCUCCUGUUGCGCCUCCUGUCUCUCCUCCUCCUCCUCCCCCUGUCUCUCCUCCUCCUCCUCCUGCUGCUCCUCUUGCUGCUCCUCCUGUCUCUCCUGUCUCUCCUCCUCCUCCUCCUGUCUCUCCUCCUCCUCCUUCUGCUGCUCCUCCUGUCUCUCCUCCUCCUCCUGCUGCUGCUCCUCCUGUCUCUCCUCCUCCUCCUGUCUCUCCUCCUCCUCCUGCUGCUCCUCCUGCUGCUCCUCCUGUCUCUCCUCCUGCUCCUCCUCCUCCUCCUCCUGUCUCUCCUCCUGUCUCUCCUCCUCCUCCUCCUGCUGUCUCUCCUCCUCCUCCUGCUCCUGCUCCUCCUGUCUCUCCUCCUCCUCCUGCUUGUCGACCUUACAGUUACACCCACAUGAAGACAAACACAUACACACUGCAGCCUCUGGGGUGA